UAGCAUGCGAACACAUCAUGAAACAAACUAAAAGAUCUUUAAAAAAAACACCAAAAUAAGAAAACUGUAUCCUUCCUCAUCAACUGCACGACUGGGGCUCAGCUAACGUCGCUAAUAGCAGUUAGCUCACGAUGCCUCUUUGUUGUCCGUUUUAUUUGGUUGUCUUGUGAUAUUUUGUAGAACACUUUCAAAAGGUUUGUGAGCUAUAUGUAUUGUGUCCAUUUCUAUGAAGGUAUGUGUGUAAUAUUUGAAAAAAUAAUUCCUUUAAAUGAAACUAGUUUUAUCAUACAGGUCUUCUUAAGACGAUUCGAGUGAUAAAAAGUAUCGUUUUCCUGUGAUAAAUAUUAAGUAAGUUAUGAUUUUUUUUUCAACCCGGUGAAAAUGCACCAAUUUAUGGCCAACCUCUUCGAGAUUCAAGAUUGUUUAUUGUCAUAUGCACAGUUAAAGGCCUACUGAAAUGAGAUUUUCUUGUUUAAACGGGGAUAGCAGGUCCGUUCUAUGUGUCAUACUUGAUCAUUUCGCGAUAUUGCCAAAUUUUUGCUGAAAGGAUUUAGUAGAGAACAUCCACGAUAAAGUUCGCAACUUUUGCUUGCUAACAGAAAAGCCCUGCCUCUACCGGAAGUCGCAGACGAUGACGUCACAUGUUGAUGGCUCCUCACAUCUUCACAUUGUUUUUAAUGGGAGCCUCCAACAAAAACAGCUAUUCGGACCGAGAAAACGACAGUUUCCCCAUUAAUUUGAGCGAGGAUGAAAGAUUCGUGUUUGAGGAUAUUGAUAGCGACAGACUAGUAAAAAAAAAAAACGUGAUUGCAUUGGGACGGAUUCAAAUGUUUUUAGACACAUUUACUAGGACAAUUCUGGGAAAUCCCUUAUCUUUCUAUUGUUUUGCUAGUCUUUUAGUGAGUUUAACAGUACCUGAUAGUCGGAGGUGUGUGUCCACGGGUGUGUUGAGGCGCAGUGUCUCAGGGAAGUCGAUGGCAGCUUUAUGGACGGGGCAAGCUCAGCUGAUCUCUGGUGAUGUCCCCCACGUCAAUGAAGCUGCGUGUUCGCCGUUCUGACACAAAAAGGGACACCAACAAUGGUGGCGAAGGAGAACAGCAGCAGGAAGAGGUAAGGAGUCGAGCAAGUGGCAGUGGAAAUCGCAGGGCGAAGAAGACAAAAAACACCAGGAGCGGACAGACCACCACGUCUUCUCCUCCUGCCGCCUCCUCCUCUUCAGUAUCGGCCCGAGCCGCUCUUGCCUCAGAGGAUGCUUCGCCUGACUCCAAGUGCCCCAUCUGUUUGGACCGCUUCAACAACAUGGCUUACUUGGACCGCUGCCUCCACCGCUUUUGCUUCCCAUGUAUCCAGGAGUGGUCGCACAACAAGGCUGAGUGUCCGCUUUGCAAGCAGCCCUUCAAGUCCAUCUUGCACUCGGUGCGUGCACAUGACGACUUUAAGGAGUACACUUUGCGGGCUGCCCCCCCGAGCAGUAGUGUCGCGGCCACAGUGGCAAUGGUAGCGGCUAUGGCAUCUGCGGCAAGGAACGACCAGCAGAUGAGGCUCCUGCUAAGGAGGCACCGAGUCGCUGAUGGCACGGAAACCACUGCCAGGAGGCGUAGAAGGGAGGAGGAACGUGGCGUUUGGGAGUGGUAUCUGGAUGUCCCACCUCUUUCGGUCCCUCCUCAUGAUGAAUACGCCGAUGACGAGCAGCACCUUAGGGGUGCGGCCAACCUGGCGGAGCACGGCGUCAUAUUUGAAGGCCUGGGGGGCCCCGGAGCGGGCACGGCCCCAAACGACAGCGCAUCACGGCGGCUCAUGACCCGAUUGUCGGCAAGGCUACGUCUUCAGCAAGAAGGUGGGGUUCUGCGACGUCUUAGGGAACGGGAGGCAGUGGCCUUUCGUCGUGCCCUCUACCGCUGCAGUGUCCGUGUACAUGGCGUAGCUGGUGUGAGUGAGACCGAAGCGCAGCGUGAUAUCACGGUCGAUGGCUUCCGACGGGACCCCACCCAACUGAACAGACUCCGUCCCUGGCUGCGCCGGGAGCUCACAGUGCUGUACGGUGCGCAGGGCUCACUCUUAAACAUCGUACAGAGCUUCAUCAUAGCAAGACUGGCUCGACACGGCCUGGAAGACACGCCCACUAUCGAGGAAGAUUUGCGGCCAUUCCUAUUGGCCCGAACAGAGCACUUUCUCCACGAGUUGGUCAGUUUUGCCCGUUCGCCACUCACAAUGGACAACUACGACCUGGAAGCUGUGUACCAGCCGCUGCCCAACGCCAUGGAGCUGGACGCCUCGAACGGUGACUCCGCCAACAGCUCCGUAAUUGCUAUCUCCGAAGGGGAGGAAGCAGAAGAGGAAGCGCAUCCCAAUAAUGUCAUUCCAGAUGGAAGUUCACUCAGCCUCUCAGCCUGGGACGACGAGACGCCGGGCCCCUCUUACUCCACUUCAGAGGCGUUAAGCCCCGCCCCAACGGAAGCAGUCAAUGAGGAGGGCGAGUGCAUGAUCGUAGGAUACAAAAAGCCAAUGGCCGAACGCACACCUGAACUCGUACAGCUGUCUUCUGACACAGAAGGGGAGGAGCUCCAAAAGACAGAGCCCCUCUCCACAUUACCUCCAAUCACUACCUCCAUCUCGACCCCUAUAAAGGCAAAAGACACGGAGGGCGGCAGGGCUUGUUUCUCUGGCUCAGGCAGCUCGCUAUGCACAAUCAGUCCGCCUCUUCCCGAAGCCAAGAGCACCAGGAGGAGGAGAAAAAGGAAAAGGCGGGGUGUAAGCGGUAUCUCGGCCAAUCCCAAUCGCUGCAUUUAUCCUGCAAUGAUGUGCUCACCUAUGCGCUCAAGCAUUGAGUCCAUCUCACCGCUCCUUGUCAGCCCGGCAGACUCCGCCUCCGAAUACUGCUCAUCUCGGGACUCCCGUCUCACCACUUCUUCCUCCUCCCCCUCGUCCUCCUCGUCCUCGCUCUGCUCCUCCCCACAACCGUCAUUGCCUCACACGCCGGCACGCACACCCGAAGAGAAGCCUGGCGGGAAGAGAAAGUACAAGAGCCGACACCUUGACCGCCACACAGACCCCAGCUGGAGGCCGCGAGGGAGGAAGAACAAAAGAAGGAAGCGUGGCAGAUCAGAUAUGAGCAGCAGACGCAGUCCCAGCGUGGAGAUUGUCUACGAAGGCACUGCCUCCUCAAUAUCCACCCGUAAACGCCACCACAAGACACAGCAGCACAGCAGGCCGCCGCCCAUCAUCACGCUGGACAGCGAUAGCAGUCCGCCAAGCAGCCAACAUGCUGAUGACUUGGGUCAUCUUCCACCUCUCUCAUUGGUGCGCAUGGCCAGUGUGGGCGUGGCCGCAGCUGUUGACAUUGGGGAACUUCCUGUAGAUAUCCUAGAUGAGGUAUCAGACCGGUCUGAGGCGGAGCCAGCUUUUCACAACGGUAAUGGCGGUGAUCGCCAUUCGCUCAGUAACAAUGGGCGUAGCGAAGAAGGACAGCCCAUUGCUGACACACAAGGACUUAUCAGGGAGCUUGUUUCAAAACAAACAGAAACAACCUUUUGCAACAUCACAGAUGACCUCUCCAUGACCUCACCUGAUGCCUUCAGGGGUCACAACAAGGAGAGGCCACCGUCUCUUAAUUUCCCAGACCCCACCUCCUAUUCCUCACCACCCCCUCUGAGACGUGCCCCUCCCAGCAAGGAUGCAGCGCCCCGCCUUGUCGAGACAGAGGACGAUGUGUCCGUCCACUUCUCUACUGGCCUUUCAGUCCCUACUGUAAGUAUGACAGACGUAUUCUCACAUCUUGACUACCUGCAUGAAGGUCGCGGGGUUCCCCAUGGCGGUGACUUUGAGUCCUCCAGUGUAGUUCCGGUUGACAGCACCGCUGCAGGAAGUGACCACAGCGUCUCACCUGCUCCCCCCUCCCUCUUCGACUCCCGCUGCUUCUCAUCACCCAACUCCUCCAUGACCCCGCCCACCUCGUCAGCUGCCUGUCAUGUCAGUACAACAUGUGACCUCUGACCCUGUUGUCAUCACGUCAUUCAGACAGGUCAUGGAGCCCGUCUCUGUUGCCCGCUGACUGUUCGUUGACCAGCAACUGGGUGCUCUGCCUCCCUGACUUACUUAUGUCUUUCUUAAGUCAGGGUUUCCCCUAGGUUAGUGGGGGUCAAAGUGCAGCCUGGGGGCCAUUCGUGACCUUGGAUUAUUUUUCAUUGGUGCUCAAAACAUUGUGAAAAUAUAAUUAAACAAAAAAAAAAACAAGACUUUUAAAAAUGCAGGAAAAAAACUGUAAUGUUGAUAUUAACUAAUAAUAACACAGAAGUUUGUCUUACAGUAUAUGUACGACUUUUCCUUUUUACCAAAUAAAAAUCAAAUUGGCCCCCUGUAUUCUUAGAUUUUUUUAUGCGACCCUCAGUGAGAAAAGGUUUGGACACGUUAUUCCAAGCCCAGGGAUCAUCAAUGCAGCCAGUUGGCAACAUCUGGCCCGCCAGAACUAUCCAUUCAGGCCUCCGGACCAAAAUUCCUGAAUUCGAAAUAGGCUAUCAGGUUACAAAAAUAAAAAUGUUUGGUUUUCUUAAUCAUACAAAGACUGUAAAGGCUAUUUAGAAAAAUACUUUUGGCAUGUGUGGCACUAAAUGUAUUGCAGAUUGGUCACUUUAUAGUGAAAAUUCGAGACCGCCCCACAUUAGUGCUUCAAACAGCAUUGCAAUAGUUAGGGUGCUUAUUAAGAAAAGUAAUGUACAGAUACAUGUGUCAUGUAUUUCAUUCUGAAUAAAUAUAUAGAUGCAAAAGUU